GACGUGUGGCCGAGACACGCCUUGUGGGCGCCGCGGGUCGCACGGGACGGUUGUCCGGGGUGGUUCGCACGUGACGGUUGUCCCGCGGGUUCACGUGUCACAGAAAACCGUGGAAGCUGUCGCUGCAGUCACCUGGCCUGAGCAUGUUUCAUUCUUCUGUAAUUACAUCCGAGUGAAGCCACCGUACGCAUGGGAGCCGUAUGUAACACUGCCGAGCGCAGAUGGCCGAGAGUCACGUUGUUAUCAGUGCUUACUUCCGAGUUCUCAGCAUCAGAGGAACUCGGGGCUUUUGCAAGUGAGAUUCUGAUCAUUUCCCCGAGCCCUAACAUCGAUCAGUGGCUCCCAAAUCUCUGUCCUUGGGCCGGUUCCAGUUAACAAAGCUCACUGCAAGCAAAAUGAUGCCAAUACAGACCAGGUAGUAAGUUUUUCAUACAGGUAAACUUAGUGCAUAUGAAGGAUUGUCCUUUAAAGUCGUGUCCUUUAUGGUUUGUGUGUUAAAAUUGCCUUUGGUGGUUGUUUUCCUUAUUUAGACAAGGAUCGCUGUGAGUCGGUAUCAUCUAAAUGGCAGUGUGCUGGGUUUAGGCAAGUUGAAAACUAGUUUCCUGUGUCUGUCAGGCUUCAGAAUUUAGGAUGACACCCUUCUAGUGUGUAAAGCUCCAGACACUCCUUAAAACCCUUGCAGCCUGAAGACCUCAUGCUGGAUAUGCCUUGGGCACUGCAUGAUGCAAAGGGACUUAGGUGGGUGGCAGCCUGAUCCUGUUUCCCCCCAGGUGAGCCACCACUCAGCAGAGCUGAACAUCCCUGGAAGCCAGUUUCCGAAGGCUGCUUCAGGGCCUCUGAGGAGCCUGGUACACCAACAGUACCUGGGUUUCUGACAAGCUAGGAGGGCGUAUAGAAACUUGUGGUAUCUUUCCAGAGCUCAAGGCAAGCAGGGAAGAGAAGACAGCUGGGAACCUGUCUCUGUAGUCUCCUCUUGUGUUUGCUUUCAUCCCCACCCCAUCCUGCAAACCCAAGGUGGUCCUGUGCAGAUGGACAGGGCUCCCAGGAGGGCUGCAGGUUCCUCGACUGCCUCACAGCCCUGUGCAUCUCGUGGGGAGAGGGUGGAAGUGCACAAUGAGAGGGGAUAAACCUAACUUAUCCCAGCAGUGGCUUGCGGAGCAGCAGGUGAGGCAUGCCAGUGGUUAUCUUUCAGAGGAGCAGGAUCGAAGGGCACAGUGAGAGGGAGUAAGCCUAACUUAUGCCAGCAGUGGCUUAGGGAGCCCCAGAUGAGGCAUGCCAGUGGUGGUCUUUCAGAGGAGGAGGUGGGAAGUGCACAGUGAGAGGGAGUAAGCCUGACUUAUCCCAGCAGUGGCUUGUGGAGCAGCAGAUGAGGCAUGCCAGUGGUCAUCUUUCAGAGGAGCCGGUGGAAUGCUAAGGCAGUGAUUGGUCAGUUGUGGGUGGACCCAAGAGAGAGGAGGAGAGAGGUUUGCUUUUGUUGGCGAAGACUAGUCCUGUGUUCCUUCCAUCUGCCACUUGUGCUUUCUGUCUCUGUGGGUCCCCUUUGAGGGGCCUCUAGGCAGCAUACUGACCUUAAUUUGGGCUUUUCUGGACCUUUCUGUCACUCUUAGACUUCCCAGACUAUGACUUGCCGUGAGGGAAGCCAGAAACCCGUUCACCCACCCUAGGAGGGACGGGUUAGUGUGGGCUCUGAAACGUCUGUUUCCUGUCUUGUCUACUUAGAAGCUGGAUUUCCUGACAGCCUCCUGUUCAAGACCAGUGUGUGUGUGUUACAGUGUAACCAGCCCAGGCUGAGUUUGCCAGGGAUGUCAGGACCAAGACCGGUCGUGCUGAGCGGCCCAUCAGGGGCCGGGAAAAGCACCCUGCUGAAGAAGCUCCUGCAAGAGUAUGGCAGUGUCUUUGGUUUCAGUGUGUCCCACACCACGAGGGACCCGCGUCCUGGAGAGGAGAACGGCAAAGAUUACUUCUUUGUCACCAGGGAGGUCAUGCAGAGAGACAUUGCUGCAGGUGACUUCAUUGAGCACGCCGAGUUCUCAGGGAACUUAUACGGGACAAGCAAAGCGGCUGUGCGGGCGGUGCAGGCCAUGAACCGCAUCUGCGUGCUGGACGUGGACCUGCAGGGCGUGAGGAACAUCAAGAAGACAGACCUGUGGCCCCUCUACAUCUGCGUGCAGGCACCCUCCCUCGAGGUCCUGGAGCAGCGGCUGCGAGCCCGGAACACAGAGACAGAGGAGAGCCUUGCUAAGCGGCUCACUGCCGCCAAGGCCGACACAGAGAGCAGAAAUCAAGAAAGCUCAAGGGACUGGCUGCUCCUGAGGGACGCCCUAGCCUGCUUUCAUUCCAUGGGAUGCAUUCCAGGCCUUGCCCCCAUUCCAGGGCGCCCCCGCCUGGGGCCACAGCCCAGCUCCUGGCAAUCCUGGCAAUCUGGACCUGGGCACUGCCGAGAGUCCCAAGCCCGGGAGGCCUCCACACCACCCCUCCUGGCCUGGCUCAGAGCCCGCCCGCAGGUGCACUGUACUCCACAGUGAGCGCCAGCUGUCACUUUCUGAUCCGUUCCCUGCUUGGCUCCGGUCCCACCCAGUAAGAGCUGGGGCUGACGCUGUAAUAAAGUAAUCACUGGGUUAGCA